AUGUCUUUCGAGCGAGCCUUUCAGAGACUGACGCUACAGUCAAGGCCGAUAUGCCAGCAAUGUCGUCGCACAUUCGCCUCAUCAACACGACGGCGGGAGCAGCAACAGUCGGCCACUUCCGCUAUCACUGAACUCCUCGAAGCCAGCCGCAGCCAAAAUGAGCAGCAACCUCGCCACCAACGCCUCAAUCUCUCCCACCCCAAUCGCCGCACAUCCCCCUCCGCCAACCCCGACCGCGACCCCUCCUCCGCCUCCGCCUCAUCCCCCGCCCAACGAACCAACCUCCACGAACUCGGCGUGAACCUCAUCCGCCAAACCCGCAACAACCAAGCGACCACCGAACAACGCCUCACCGACAUCUCCCGCGACACCACCCGCCGCGAACUAGAACAGCAAAUCCCGCGCCGCUUCCGACCCGGCGACAUCUACGCCCCACAUGACCUCAGCGGAGUUGAAAUGAGCAAGUGGAAGCGUCUGCGGCGGAAGCCUCGUGUCCCAUCCCACGGCCGCGAUGUGCUCGAUCAGUUGGGGAUCGACCCGAGGAAGGAGUAUAAGAACUUCAGUAUGAUGAAUGAAUAUGUGACGGAGAUGGGGCGGAUCAAGCAUAGGAAUGACACUGGCUUGAGACCUGUGAAUCAAAGGCGCAUGGCCAAGGCGGUGAGGAGGGCGAUUGGGAGUGGGGUGUUGAUGCCGAGUGUGUAUAAGCAUCCAGAGUUGAUCAAGGCAGAGAUGGCGCAGAGGAGCGGGGGGAGGUAUUAG